AUGGCUCCGAAAAAGCAGCAGCAGCAGAAGCAGAGAACCACCGCCAAAAGGACGUCGUCAUCGUCGUCGUCCGGUCCGAGGCUCCAGAUUUCGGCGGAGAACGAGAGCCGCCUCCGGAGGCUCCUCCUAAACUCGGGCCGGACGGCGCAGCCCGCGGCGGCUCCGGUGGACGAGUCGCUCUCGAAGGCUCAGAAGGCCAAGAAGCUCAAAACCAUCUACGAGAAGCUCUCCUGCGAAGGAUUCACCAAUCCUCAAAUCGAGCUUGCUCUCUCUGCUCUCAAGGAGGGUGCUACGUUUGACGCUUCUCUUGAUUGGCUGUGCUUGAAUUUGCCUAGUAAUGAGCUUCCAUUGAAGUUUUCCAGUGGAAUAUCGCAGCAAAUAGAUGGAGGUGGUUCUGUUCGUGUCCUAUUGAAUUCUCGAGACGAUUGGACUCCUUCAGUGGAUGCUUCUCCAAAGAUUAAUGACGGUGAACUAGGCGUUUCUCUUAAAACAAAGGGUCGUGGGGAUGAUGAAAGUUUGGACUCAUUUCAACCUUCUCAGGCAGAUUGGAUUAAACGAUAUGUGGAACAACAGGAAGAGGAUGAAUCUAGAACAUGGGAAGAUGAUUUUGAUGAAGGUCUGACCGAGAAGAUAUCUGAACCAAGGCCCUAUGACGUGAUUGCUAAAGAAUAUUGUGCUGCACGGCUGGAAGCUAUGAAAGCCAAAGAAAAACGUGACAAGAAAAGUCAGGAACAGGCAGGAAACAUCAUCCACAAGCUCAAGCAAGAGUGUUCUGCUUUAGGAUUAUCAGUUGACAUCUUGGAGUCAGAAUUUGAGAAUGAACAAGCCUUUUAUGCUGCUUCUGAGGCAACAAAUGUUACUUCCAUGCCGGACAAGCAGUCUGAAGGAGACACAUUUGGUGAUGUAGAACGUGAUUCAAUAUUUGUUUUACAUGCUGCUGAAUCAACAAGUGAUGGAAAUGAGACGGAGUUGUGCACUUCCAAAGACUCUCCAGUUAAACCUACUCUCACAGAUGUUCCUGCUCAGGAAACAAUUGUUGGAGAAGAAGAGUCUGGAGAUGUAGAGCUUGGUAAUUUCUUCUCAGAAGAUGGUCCACUUGAUGAAAGUUUGUCUACAGAAGUUUAUAAAUUGCAAAAGAAAGAGAAGAUGAAAGAAAUGAGUGAGAAAAAUUUGGAGAAAUUAGGUGGUAUUUGGAAAAAGGGUGACCCUCCAAAGAUACCUAAGGCUGUUCUUCAUCAGUUAUGUCAAAGGUCAGGGUGGGAAGCCCCAAACUUCAACAAAGUGCGUGGAAAGGGAAACAAUUUCUCUUACACUGUCAGUGUAUUGCGUAAAGCUAGUGGAUGGGGUAAGAGUAGAAAAGCUGGGGGGCUGAUCACUCUUCAGCUUCCUGACGAGGGUGAAACUUUUGAGUCUGUUGAGGAUGCACAAAAUAGAGUGGCCGCUUUUGCUCUUUAUCAUCUGUUUUCUGAUCUCCCAAUACACCUAAUACUUACAGAGCCAUAUGCUUCAUUGGUUUUCCAGUGGAAAGAAGGGGAUUCGUCGAUCAAUAUAGAAGAAAGCGAGGAAGUUCGGAGAGCGAGCUUUGUGGACUCACUAUUGAAUGCUGAUGGUUCUGCGUCAACGGUUCCUACUGAUGUUACAGAGAAUGUUUUCCAAGAAAAUCAAGAAUCAUUAAUUGAAGGAAAUAAAAAUUCAACUGUUUCUGGUGUCAAUCCAAUUUUUGAAAGAGAACAUUAUCAUAAAGAAGUGGAAAGCUCUUAUCUGAGACGUGAACAGGAGAAUAAAUUGAACAUGCAAAAGUACAAGGACAUGUUGAAAACUAGAGCUGCACUUCCUAUAGCUCAUUUAAAAGGUGAUAUACUGAAAUUACUGAAAGAGAAUAACGUCCUCGUUGUUUGUGGGGAAACAGGUUCCGGGAAGACAACUCAGGUUUCACAAUUUAUCUUGGAUGACAUGAUCGAAUCAGGACUUGGUGGACACUGCAAUAUUAUAUGCACACAACCAAGGAGAAUAGCGGCUAUUUCUGUGGCCGAAAGGGUUGCUGAUGAGCGCUGUGAACCUUCACCUGGUUCAAAUGGUUCAUUGGUUGGUUAUCAAGUUCGCCUUGAUAGUGCAAGGAAUGAAAAAACAAAGCUUUUGUUUUGUACAACGGGCAUUCUUCUGAGGAAAAUUGCGGGAGACAAAAACUUGACUGGCAUUACCCAUGUCAUAGUUGAUGAAGUGCAUGAACGGUCUCUUUUGGGUGACUUUCUACUUAUUGUUCUGAAGAAUCUGAUUGAAAAACAAUCAGCUCAUAAGUCUCCAAAACUGAAAGUUAUUCUCAUGUCUGCAACUGUUGAUUCAAAUUUGUUUUCAAGAUACUUUGGUGACUGCCCUGUGAUUACUGCAGAAGGCAGAACACAUCCCGUGACAAAUUACUUUCUGGAGGAUAUAUAUGAAAGUAUCAAUUACCGCCUGGCUUCAGAUUCUGCAGCCGCUAUAAGAUAUGAAACAUUUACAAAAGAAAAGGGUGGUCCUGUAAACAACCGAAGGGGGAAGAAAAAUCUUGUUUUAUCUGCAUGGGGUGAUGAUUCUCUGCUUUCUGAAGAAUAUGUUAACCCGCAUUAUGUUCCAGAUGAUUAUCCAUCCUAUAGUGAGCAAACUCAACAAAAUUUGAAAAGAUUGAAUGAAGAUUUCAUUGAUUAUGAUCUACUUGAAGACUUGGUCUGUCACAUUGAUGAAACCUGUGGUGAGGGUGCUGUACUUGUAUUUUUGCCGGGAGUGGCCGAAAUUCAUAUGUUAGUGGAUAAGCUAGCUGCUUCUUACCGAUUUGGUGGACAGUCUUCUGAUUGGAUUCUUCCAUUACAUUCAUCCAUUGCAUCAACUGAUCAAAAGAAGGUGUUCUUGAGGCCGCCUGAGAACAUACGCAAGGUCAUUGUGGCCACAAAUAUUGCGGAGACCAGUUUAACAAUAGAUGAUGUGGUGUAUGUUAUUGACUGUGGAAAGCAUAAAGAGAACCGUUAUAAUCCACAGAAGAAAUUGUCUAGCAUGGUUGAAGAUUGGAUAUCUCAAGCAAAUGCAAGGCAGCGUCGAGGAAGAGCUGGACGUGUGAAACCUGGAAUUUGCUUUUGCCUGUACACAUGUCAUCGCUUUGAAAAACUUAUGCGCCGUUUUCAGGUUCCAGAGAUGCUUCGAACUCCAUUAGUAGAGUUGUGCUUACAAAUUAAGUUUCUUUCUUUGGGACAUAUAAAGCCGUUCUUGUCCAAGGCUAUAGAACCUCCCAAGGAUGAGGCCAUGACGUCAGCAAUUUCACUUCUAUAUGAGGUUGGUGCGCUAGAAGGAGAUGAACUCUUGACACCGCUUGGACAUCAUUUGGCUAAGCUUCCAGUUGAUGUAUUGAUUGGAAAGAUGAUGAUAUACGGUGGAAUAUUUGGUUGCUUAUCACCCAUUCUCUCGAUUUCAGCAUUUUUGAGCCACAAAUCUCCAUUUGUCUAUCCAAAAGACGAGAGAGAAAAUGUUGAAAGGGCUAAGUUGGCGCUUCUGACUGAUAAACUGGAUGGACCUAGCAAUUCAUAUGAUGUUGACAGGCAAUCUGACCAUCUGUUAAUGAUGAUUGCAUAUAUGAAGUGGGAAAAGAUUCUGCGCGAGAGAGGGGUUAAAGUUGCACAACAUUUUUGCAAUUCCUAUUUCUUAAGCAGUUCGGUUAUGUACAUGAUAAGAGACAUGAGGAUACAGUUUGGAACCUUACUAGCAGAUAUUGGGCUUAUCAAUUUACCAAAAAGCUUCCAGAUUAAUGGACGAAAGAAAGAGAAUCUUGAUAUUUGGCUUUCUGAUGCGUCACAGCCAUUCAAUUUGUAUUCACAUCAUUCCCCAAUAGUGAAGGCAAUAUUAUUUGCAGGUUUAUACCCAAAUGUUGCUGCCACUGAGAAAGGCAUUGCUGGAGUAGCUCUUGGCAACCUUAAACAAUCUGCUGGUCUUACAAGUAAAGGUCAUCCAAGCUGGUAUGAUGGAAGAAGAGAAGUUCACAUUCACCCGUCAUCUAUCAACAGUAACUGGAAAGAAUUUCGAUAUCCCUUCCUCGUCUUCCUUGAAAAGGUUGAAACCAACAAAGUGUUUCUACGAGAUACCACCAUCAUAUCUCCCUACUCUGUUUUGCUGUUUGGUGGCUCCAUUAACGUUCAACAUCAGACAGGACUUGUUACCAUUGAUGGAUGGUUAAAAUUAAAGGCACCAGCCCAAACUGCUGUUCUGUUCAAGGAACUUCGGUCGACUCUUCAUUCUAUUUUAAAGGAACUGAUUAGAAAACCAGAGAAUGUGGAUGUCGCUUCUAACAAGGUCAUCAGCUCGAUAAUUCAUCUAUUGCUGGAAGAAGACAAACCCCCAGUAUAGUAUUAGUAUUUGAGCGCCAAAGUACGCGACCAGAGCCGGUUUUUCGCUCCAUGUGGUACUUGUAUUGCAGUAUCUGCUAAGUUAUUGUGUUGUUUCCAUGAUCCAAGUUCCUUCCAUUGCUAUCUCAAAGAUGUGUGCUCGUCAAAUUCAAGAGUGUUUCCAUGUGAAACAGGAAGAGAUUUUGCUCAUCAGCUUCGAUGGAGAGAAAUGGAAUAAUCUGUUUUGCUUAACCUGUUAAAGGACUUUGGUUUUUUAAGCGCUAGCGGGUUCCUUUAACAUACUAGUCAUACAUUUAUUUACUUCCUGUUACAUAUUGCUAUUCACAUGAACUGUAACUAUGCAAUAUGCUGAAUAUUUGUGUUGAGAAAUGCCUAUUUUUGGCUUUAAUGUGUAUCGAGAUGGGACUUUAAUUUAUCUAGAACUCGUAUUAUACAAUUCUUU